UACCCCACGAGGGGAAAAAAAUCCCCCCAAGCACUGCUUAAAUCAACUACUAAAUCAGGCAACAGAUAAAAGUUUCUUCAGUAUCUGCGUAGCUCGAGGACAUCCAUUUGUGCUGCUAUUUGCAGAAAGCUUGUGCGCAUUCCAAACACUUGUCACCUGCCCUCCUGAGCCCAGCAGAGCCCUUACCCAGGGACUUGAUUCCUCCGCAAGCAACUGGUGUUAGUCUGAACUCUGAGAGCUAACAUGUACUUUCGACAUUUCUUCUUUUUUUUUUUCAAAGGACCAUAAGUGACCCGUGGGAGCGCUUCCGUUUCUAAUGCUUUUCACCAGUUUUUCGGGAUUUGUUUUUGUUUUUUUUUUUCCCCGCGCUUCCCUGCGCGCCUGCGCGGCGGGCGCCGUUUCCCUGGGAGCCGGGAUUGUUUUGGGCGGAACCACCGGCGCGGCGCUGCGGAGGGGGGAGCGGGCCACGGAAGAGCGCACUGGCGGAGGGAAGGGGGGAGGCGGGGCGGCCGCAGCAGCCGCCGGGCCACGUCGCGGCCGCCACGGGAGCGGACGGGGCCGACAAUGGUGAAUUCUGAUGAAGAAGCAGCUGUUGUGUUGAGCCACGUCUAACUGAGGACUGAAAAUGCGAGCAGUUGAAAGUGAGGCAAAGGCAAAAACCAAAGUCCGCUUUGAGGAAAUCUUCAGACGCCAUGCUGGCCUAGCAGACACAAAGAAAUCAAAGAAUAAGAAAUUUGACUCUCAAGAGAGUAUUGUGCUUGAUACCUUUAAAAAUAAUAUUGAUCUAUCUAAGGAAAGUGUGAAUGAUGAAGCAAUUAUAAACAACACAUAUAAUCCUGAAAAAGAGAGCCCAAGAUUUACAAAAAAUAAAUUGAGAGAGAAAGCUUCAAUUGCAAAGAAAAUAAACAAUGAUGUUGUUAGUGGAGAAGAGAACAAGCAGCCAAAGUCGAACAAGAAGAAAAAGAAAUCAGUGUUACAAGAACAAUUUAAUGAGGAGGAAGAUUUAUAUGAAGCUAAAUUGGGGAGUUUUGAAGAAAAGACUAAUGAUUUUCCAAAGAAGAAAACAAAAAGUAAAUCACAAACAGAUGUACCUCAUCAAGAAGGUGAUAGAAAGAUCAAAAAUUCCUUGACUGAAGUGAGAAAUGUAACUGAAUUAGAAGAGGAAGAGCAGCUAAUUCAAGCCUAUCAGCUGCACGUGGCUGAGGAAGAGGCAAAUGCAAUUAAAAAGAAAAUGAGAAAGAAACUUAAGGAACAGAUGUCUGAAUCUACUUCCACUGUUCAAAGACAUGAAGUUGCAUUGAAUAAUGAAGUGGGCAAAAAGAAGAAAAAGAAGAAAGAGCAAGCAGUUUUGAGUGAAGCUGAAACAAGUGCAAUGUCCCUUUCUGAGCUGCAGCAUCAUUAUCCAGAAGAAGGUGGCAAUGAAAGUCGGUCACCUGAAAGACUAUUUACAUCAGAAGGACAGAAACUGGAGGAAAGCAUGGAUAAACAGAAACCUAAAGCCAAGAAGGUUAAGAAGAAAACCAGAAAAGAAGAAACUACGGAAGUUGCUGCAGAAGAUGAUGAGGAAAUGAAGAAUUCAGAAAUUUCAACUCAGUCUAAAUUUGGUUUUGGUGAUGAUCUUGUUUUGGGAGUUUAUAUCCAUCGAUCGGAUCGACUUAAAAUUGAUCACUUGGUAUCUCAUCCUGUGGUUAAAAUCCAUAUUGUUGAUCAGAGAAGUGGCUUGUAUGUGAAGAAGGAUUACAGCAAGAAGGAAGAUUCCUCUUACGAGCAAGCAGAAAUAGAGCACAUUCUUCCUAUAAUGACCCAACCAUGUGACUUUAGAAAGUCUAAAUCAACAAUUCCAGAGUGGGAAGAGCAAGUAAUAUUUAAUGAGCGUUUUACUUAUUUUAUUCAAAACACUGAGGAAAACCCUCAGGUUAUCCUGUUUUUUGAGGUCCUUGAUUCUCCAAGUAUGCAUGAAGUGAGAGCCAGCUCUGAUGUAAAAAUUCAGGAAAGUCGUUACCGAAGAAUUUGUUGGGCAUUUCUAAAGCUUGUGGGUGCAAAUGGAAUUCUAAACGUUGGUGGAAAACUUCGUCUACAAUUAUAUUACCCACCUUCAAGGACCAAGUCACAUUCAAAUGUUGUUGAGGUUUAUGACUGGUGGGCAAAAUGUCCUAGAAAUCGUUACCCAUCAACUCUAUAUGUAACUGUAAAAGGCCUAAAACUGCCAGAUCAUGUUGGUCCUUCUUUUCACUCUAUGGCAGCCGUUCAACAGGAACAAAGUAAUACAGCACUGUCUGAGCUCCAGAGAGAAGGAUGUGAGCCUUCUUCAGAGGAGAAAAAGGAGCCAUUUAAAUGGUCAAGAUUACCUGGACAGGCUUGCCGCAUACCCAACAAGCACCUGUUUUCCCUGCGAGGUGGAGAUCUGGGCUGCUUCUGUAUCCGCUUCUCGCAUGAUGGGAGAACGCUGGCAGCAGCAUGUGCAGGAAGGAAUGGCUAUCCCAUUGCUUUGUAUGAAAUUCCUUCUGGACAGUUCCUGAGAGAAUUUUAUGGUCACCUUAACAUAGUGUAUGAUCUUUGUUGGUCAAAUGACAAUCACUAUCUUCUUACUGCUUCCUCUGACGGCACUGUCAGAAUGUGGAAAAUAGAACUGAAGGCAGCAUCUGCAGUGAGAGUUUUCCCUCAUCCUUCAUUUGUCUACACUGCCAAAUACCACCCAGUUGCUGACUCGUUGGUUGUGACAGGAUGUUAUGACUCAGUGAUUAGAAUCUGGAAUGCAAACGUGAAAGAAGUCCAUGGGCAACUGCUACAGGAGCUUGAUGGCCAUAAAAGUUUCAUCAACACCCUUUGUUUUGAUGCAGAAGGACACUACAUGUUCUCAGGAGAUAGUUCAGGACUGAUAAUAGUUUGGGAUACACCUGUAAGAGGAAGUUCUCCACACCUUUUUCAACACUGGAAGAUCAAUAAGGAGAUAAAAGAAAAUGAUAUUAAAGGAACACCAAUAAAUCAUUUGGAAGUGCAUCCGAAUGGAAGACGUUUAUUAAUCCACGCCAAAGACAGUACCCUGAGAAUUAUGGACCUCAGAAUCUUGGCGACGAAGAAAUAUGUAGGUGCCACAAAUUACAGAGAAAAGAUUCACAGCACCUUAACACCAUGUGGUACAUUCCUGUUUUCAGGAAGUGAAGAUGGAAAGGCUUAUGUUUGGAAUCCAGAAACAGGAGAUCAGGUGGCCAUAUAUUCUGAACUCUCCUUCACAUCUCCACUUCGUGAUGUUGCCUUUCAUCCACACGAGCACAUGGUGUCUUUUUGUGCCUUUGGUCAAAACCAUCCAAUACUUGUAUACAUUUAUGAUUAUAAAGUUGCACAACAGGAAGCUGAACUCGUAAGAGAUCUCAGUUCAUCAUUUACCACAGCUGCACCAAGAGGGCCACACUUCUUUAGCAGUUUUUCUGAAAUUCCUGUACAAAAAAACUCAGUGAUGUCUCCAGCAGAUCAGUUUGUCAGUGUUGCAAGAGCAUCAAUGAGAAUGCAGAAGGUGAAACAGAAACUCGAUUCUGUUACGGCAAACUCAAAUCUCUUGCUUCCUGCACCAUCAUCUCUGUCACCACACUCCAAGCUAAGACUGCCAGGCGCUCUGAGUGCUCCACUGAAUUCUCUGUAUUCUUUCACUGCUGAAAGUGGGUGCUUCAGCCCAGUAGGAAAUCCUCUUAGUCAAGCACUAUUGGGUAGACUACAGAAGAAUGAUGACAGCCUGACUGCACUGGGAGUGGGAGGAGGAAACAGUUGUCCACCCGGGCAAGAGACAGUAGUGGCUCUUUAUGACUACACAGCGCAUCGAUCAGAUGAGCUAACCAUCCAUCGCAGUGACAUUAUCCAAGUGUUAUACAAAGAUAAUGAUAACUGGUGGUUUGGCAGCCUAGCAAAUGGACAGCAAGGCUAUUUUCCAGCUAAUUAUGUGGCUGGUGAAAAAGAAUAUGAAGAACAACCUUCAGGAUUAGUACCAGAUUCUGCUCCUCUCCUACCAGAAGGACCAACAGAAGCAGAGGAAGGUUCUCUGACACUAGAUAAGAUGUCAGCAGUUGCCAGUCAGUCAGGGGGCCUGAAAUCUAUUUCCAAACAUGACACAGAUAGAGACUCACCUACAACACAAGGUACAAAGAAAAAGAAGAAAAGGGUACAAAGGAAUGAGAGAGAAAAUCAGCACAACUUAAUGAGUGUCGAUACUCCUCUGUCAUCAGUUACAACUAAUGGUGUUGAAAACGAACCUGCAUCCCAUGGGGUGGAAUUGAAGAAGAAGAAGAAAAAGACAGUGAGAGGCUCAAACUUAAGCACAAAUGGAAGGACAAAUAUUGCCUUUGAGCCCGAAUGCCAUGACUCAGAGGCAUAAUUUAUUUCUGCAUACUGGGGCGACGUUCAUUAUACACGUUGAAGGCUGCAAUUAUGACCUCUCUUCUAGGAUUAACAACAAACAAAGAAAUUCAAAUACUUAAAUAUGCAAAAUGGUACCAGUUGUGGCUUAUCAGUGGUACAAACCUGUUUUGUAUGACUUUUGCCCUGAGUUCCUUGAAAUCAACAGAACUUGGAGGUUCAGCUCCUCACUGCACUGGAAAAGAACUGAAACUGUCAAAUACAAUGUUUCCUAAUUUGAUAUCUGAUUAAACUGUCACUUAGGCAUUUAUGUAGGCUGUAGGUUAAUCCAUUGGGAGCAAAGAAUCAAGUGAAAAAGUGUGAUCUAGAGCAAAACAAGCCCAACCACUACGUAAAUUAUUAAAUUAGCAUUUUAAAGUGUGCUGUAAGCAAAAUAGAAGAGUGCUCAGAAUGGUAAAAUACCAAAGGAGUGCUGAUAUUAAGGUGUACCUGAAAACACAAGCUUUCAAAAUAUAUUUUCCUGACAUCAAAUAUCUGUUUGGACUGCAUUUUGCAGCUCUGAAGGGAAUUGUGGAGUAACUACCUAUGCAACUACGCUGUCUUCAGUAGGAAUACUUGUUCUUAACAAAAUAAAUUAGUGUUGCAAAUUCCAGGCAGUUGUAUUUUUCAAAUGAGGUGUGCUGCACAUAGUAAAGAUUCAUUGCAGUUUUGUCAGAGUUCCUGGCUGCUUCAGCAGCAGUCUUGCCAAAUAUACUUUCUUUUGUCUGAAUGAAAUAUUUCAUAUCCAACUAUGCUGUUUGUUUUACUUGUAGUCCUUAUUCACUUGUAAGCAUCAGUAAUCUAUUUUUUUACCUGAGUAUUAUUUUGUGAACUUUUGCUAAUGACUUCAGUAGUUAUCUACAGUGUUAAAUAAUUUAUAUUUUAUAUUAAACAAAAGACUUUCUACCAGUUAGUGUUGGUAUUUUUUCUGGCUGAUGAUGUCCAGUUUAUUUUUACUCUGCUAGGAAAUUCUUUCUCCUCCCCCUCUGAAGCAAUAAAUAACAUAAAAUUAGAAAACCCUUAUUUAGUAGACAGGGCACUUGAUUCCAUUAAAAAAAGAAGUGAAAAUAACAAUGCUGGGCACUGAUGUGUGAAAUGCCCCCAGAUGCAGAGGACUAGUUGCUGUAUAUUGUAAUAUCUUCCUUGCACAUGUUUGGAAGCCAGAAAAGUCUGUAAACUUCUUUCUUUCAAGUAAAGCACAGCAGCAAAUCCUCUUUUUUCGCCCCACUGGUAGCUGUUAUUUGCCAGCAGUCCUAACUUUGCGCUGCCCAGAGUGUGUGUAUGGAGCCCUGCCCUAGAUGGGGCUUGCUUGUGUGUACUGCAAACUUAGUAAUGUCUCUGUCCCCAGUCAGAGGUGGUGUAAAAUUACCUCAGUCCUGGGGCUGGCUGAUUCUGUCACGGCUCCCCACCUCUUAUGUCCCUGCAGUGUGUUUCAGCUCAUCAUCCUGUGUGACAUGUGGCAUUUAGAGAUUUUAUAAAGGGGAAAAAUCUCGACAUCUUACAUUUCUUAAAAUGUCCUGGGUCACGUUUAAAACAAGGGCAGAGCAUGACAUCAGGCUCCACGUCAGGGAGAGCUGAGCAGUAGCCAAGAUCUGAGAGCUCAUUGGAAAGCGUUGUAAAAUGUUAAUUUGCCAUUGUCGACACUGAAGACAGAAAUAACACUUCAGAUAAACACCACAGAGAGAUGGAAGUUCUAAUCAAAGGCACAGCACCUCCUUUCAUGCUUGCGAACUAGGGCUCCAAUUAUGUUCACUGCUCUGAAGCUGAAUAGAGCUGCUUUGCCACACUUUCCAAAUUGAGAGGAGAGGCAGCAGUAGUGUCUUCCAAGGCACAGUUCCAAAUAACAAUUAAGCAGAAGGAAUCAGAUAAGAGCCAAACAUGAAAAUGCAGGAGUUGAAAAUAAACUUUUCAUAAUGUUUUCUUGUAAUUGCAAUAGCUUUUGUUUUGCUUCUGUAGGUUUUUUUCUUCCCUACCACAUGGUUGGUUAGAGACUUCUUUUCCUUUAUACUCAGUGUCACUGUGGUGCUAGUUUUCUGCAUUCAUUUAAUAGAAAAGGAACAAAAAUAUCUGAAAUUUUAAAAUGUCUAUGAUCCUUCAGUAUUAAAAUUAGAGCCUUCACCCUAAAAUAUCUUUAACAAAUUAUGAGCACGGCACAGUGGCAAAGACAGUUUUUACCUUUUAUUCAGAAAUAUGGCUGAUACAGUUCAUUUUCAGAAAAACUGCUUUUUGGUAUUAGUAGUCUUUAUUCUUCAGACAUUGCUGUUGGGAUUUUAAACUUACAAAAAAGGAUAAAAAUUUUAAACACUUUUGGUUAGUGUAAUGGUUUAAAAAGAAGUUUUUAAUUUAAAAACUUUAAAUGCUUAUUGUUUCUGUGUUAAUACAAUCUGCAUAUUAUCUAAAAUCACUUUACGAUGACUGUCGUUUGUAUCAUAGUACAU